GCUGGCGAAGGAAGACGGGAAGUGCGCCGCCAGUGGCAGGACAGGGACCGAACAAGGACUCUGCACACCCCCAAUUUGGUGUGUGCGGUCAGAGAAGGGCCCAGGUCCUCUGUACCUAGCGGGUAGAGCAAGGUGCCAGUAGGGUUCACGCGCGGGCGAGUUGCUUGGAGGUCCCUGACUGGAAGGUGCCAACCACAGGGGGUCGAGCUCGUACCCGCCCCACCCUGGCUGCGGCCGCGCGGGGAGGAAGCGCGCAGAGGCCGAGUGCAGAAGUUUCCUUUUCUGAACAGCUUCAGCUAGACAGGGUGGGGAUGCAUGACUUCAGUCGGAAGAAAACUCGAAAGCCCAAGGGCUCAAAAUAAGCGACUUCCCGAAAAACAACAUUAAAAAAACAAGCAACAACAAAAAAAAACCCUCCUCUCCCCACCGCUAGCCAUGGGCAGCCGAGAUCACUUGUUCAAAGUGCUAGUGGUGGGAGACGCCGCCGUGGGCAAGACGUCACUGGUCCAGCGCUACUCCCAGGACAGCUUCAGCAAGCACUACAAGUCCACCGUGGGAGUGGAUUUUGCGCUGAAGGUUCUCCAGUGGUCUGACUCCUCAGAGAUGGUGCGGCUUCAACUUUGGGAUAUAUCAGGGCAGGAGCGUUUCACCUCAAUGACGCGACUAUACUAUCGAGAUGCUUCUGCCUGUGUUAUUAUGUUUGAUGUCACCAAUGCCACUACUUUCAGCAACAGCCAAAGAUGGAAACAGGAUCUGGACAGCAAGCUCACAUUGCCCAGUGGAGAGCCGGUGCCCUGCCUUGCUCUGGCCACCAAGAGUGAUCUGUCUCCUUGGGCAGUGAGCCGGGACCAGAUUGACCGGUUCAGUAAAGACGGUUUCACAGGUUGGACAGAAACGUCAGUCAAGGAGAACAGAAACAUUACCGAAGCCAUGAGAGUCCUCGUUGAAAAGAUGAUGAACAAUUCCAGAGAAGAUGUAAUGUCUUUGUCCACCCAGGGGAACUACAUCAACCUCCAGACCAAGCCCUCCUCUGGCUGGACCUGCUGCUAGUUCUUUAGGCUCCUUUUCUGUCCAGGUCGCGAGUCCGCCUCUUCCUGUUGGUUGCCCACCAGGCAUAAAAGUCUAUUACGAACAUUUUCAUUGUCUCUUGCCAACUGCUGCCCAGAGUCGAGGCCCCGCCCACUGGGGCCUUGGAAAAGGGCUGCCUGGAACCCAUGUGCAUUUUGGUUGCUACUUAGAUGUUGUCUCUGACUUAACUGUUGGCCCAUGUAGUCCAACUAGAGCGUCCUAUGUGCCUGUGAUCAUCUCAUCCCUCAACUGCGGUAUGAGUUUAUGGGAAGGAUUAAAAAUUAGUACCGUG